AACACAGCAUAUUUAAACGUAUUCAGUUUUCAAACAACAAAAUGAAACAUUUUUAAAUGAAUAAUUUGUGUAUACAAUGAAUUACUGAAUUUUCUCUUGGAAAAGUUUUGUUUUUCUUUUUUUGAUAGUGUACAAACAAAGUUGUAACAAUGAUAAGUAGUGAUUAUACAUUAGAAUUAUGCAAUGUGUUUCAUUCAGGACAGGUGGAGCCUGGAACAUGUAUGCAGAGGAUAUUAGGCAGUAUCAAAACUGGUGUAAUUCUAAAAGAUGUUUCGUUAACUCUUCAUUCUGGUGAAGUAUUAGCUGUUCUUGGUUCAAAAGGUAGCGGUAAACGUGCAUUAUUGGAUGUUAUUUCAAGACGUGUCCAAGGACCAACACGUGGCCAAAUCUUAUUAAAUAAUGUACCAAUGAGUUUAUCAUUAUUUCAAGAACGUUGUGGAUAUGUUACACAUAAAUGUGAUUUAAUACCAAGUUUAACAGUUCAACAAACUUUACAUUACACUGCAACAAAAAUGACUGGUUAUUUAAAACAAUCAAAAGUAAAACAAGUAAUGGCUGAUUUAGCAUUAACACAAGUGGCUAAUAGGGCAUGCGAUUACAUAACUCAAAGUGAAUAUCGCCGAUUAAUGAUUGGUGUACAACUAAUUAAAGAUCCAGUUAUUUUAUUAUUGGAUGAACCUACAUGGGAUUUAGAUCCAUUAAACACAUAUUUAGUCAUAUCAAUUUUGUCGAAUGCAAGUAAAAAAUAUGGUGUUGCCGUUAUAUUAACAAUGGAAAAACCACGCUCUGAUGUGUUCCCAUUUUUGGAUCGUGUUCUUUACCUUUGUUUGGGUGAUGUUGUCUACACAGGGGGUACUAAACAAAUGUUAGAAUAUUUUAACAAUAUUGGUUUUCCAUGCCCACAAUUGGAAAAUCCUCUAAUGUAUUAUUUGUGUCUAUCAACAGUGGAUCGCCGAUCGAGAGAACGUUUUAUUGAAAGUAAUCACCAAAUUGCAGCAUUGGUUCAAAAAUUUAAAUUAGAAGGUGGAUCUUAUAAAAAAGGAACCAGCGCUUUAUCUGGUGCCACUCAAGAUCACGCAACUUUAUUAGGUCAUAAUAAAUUACCAUUGAGCUAUGGAAAUCCAUCGUGUUGUCAAAUUGCUUUUAAUCUUUAUGCGAGAUUAUUGGCAGCUACAUUCAAUUUAAAAUCAUUUGGCGUCAAACAAUUAUUCUUACGGUUAUUCGUAUUACCAUUAAUGUUUUUGUUUUUAUGGUUCUUCUAUUUCAAUAUGGCUAAUUUUCAACGUACAUUUGUGACAAGAACUGGAUUGAUUUUGAAUAUUUUAUCCGUUACCUACUUUCUUGGGAUUAUAAAUACGAUAUUAAUAUUUCCAACAUAUCGAACGCGGUACUACCAAGAGGCACAAGAAGGGAUUUAUCGAGGGCCGUUGUUUUUAUUAACGUAUAAUCUGGUGUCAAUUCCAUUUUCUUUCUUUUCAAUAGCAGGUGGAGCAGCAAUUUUAUUCCCAUUAAUUGGAAAUUUUAAAGAUCCAAUGGAAUUUUUAUACUUUGGACUCAUUUUAUGGGGAUGUUAUAUAUUUUCUGAACAACAGACAAUUUCAAUUUUAAUGACUGUACAAUGUUCUUUGAGAGCAGCUAUUUGUAGUAUUUAUAUUACAAUAGUUUAUAUUACUCUAAGCAGUGGAAUUUUAAGAUCAAUCAAAGGAUUACAAGAUUGGCUCUACUAUUUAACAUACGCAACACAAACUCGUUAUGCAGCCGCUUACUUAAAUCGUCAAGUAUUCUUCAGUUCAGUGUUGCUAAAUUCCUUGCCAUACGACAUGACACAUAAUUGUACCAAUGUGAAUUUAAUUGAAACAUCAAAUUUUAAUGGCUUAUCCACUAACUACUAUUGCCGUUACGCAAAUGGACAAUCUUAUUUACUGGAAAGAUAUUCUCGAGAUGAUUCACCACCAAUAUUUACCGAAAUCCUUAAUUCAGAAAUGAAUCUAGGUAUUACAUUUGCAUUUACAAUUGGAAUGAUUGUAUUCAAUAAAUUGUUAUAUUUAAUUCCUUUGCCCACAUAUGUUAAAGCUAAAUUCAGAGAAUAAAUAAGGCAAUCAGUUUGAUCGUUUCCCAUUUUUAUAUAAUUCGAAGUCUCAAAAGAGUGAACAAGCCAGAACUAUCAAGUCUCACACAAUAUACUAUAUGAGUUUUGUUUUUAUUUCAUUUUCUAAAUGCAAUGACUAUCUUACUCGAGAUAUACUGAUAUUAUGAAAUGUACAAAUUUCUAGAGAAAUGAGACACCGAGGUAAAAAUGAAACAAGAUGUGUAGGUAAAAUUAUCUCUAGUAUGGAAUUGUAUAAUAAAAAAGGUAAAAUUACCUUUUUAAAUUUCAAAAAUAAGCCAGUAUAUAGAAAAGGGUAAUUGAGCAUAAAUGAAAUUGAUCGAGUUUGGCAACUUAAGUUCGGAGUAAAUUAUUCAAGUCAGUACCAAGCUUAUAAUUUUUUUUUUCGACUCAAAAUUUGACUGGGUUUCGAUAGAAUUGGUUCGGAAAAUCAAUUACUGAUUAAUAUUGUAUCAUAUCAAUGUUAAC